UUAAAAGUUUGUUUGUAAAUACCAAUCGAUGUUUUUUUUCUUCCGGCUGUUGUUUAUGAAGGUUUUGUGCGAAAAGGUGCGAAAUAUUCGUGUUCAGUAUCAAAAACUGAUUUUUUUUAUUUCUUUUAAAAAGAAAGUACAACAAUAAUGUCGGACGAGGAAGUAAUUCGACGUCGCUUGCAAAUCGAUGGCGAUGGAACCGGAGACGACCGUCGUUUGAAUGAUUUGCUGAAAACAUUCGUAAAAUGGUGUAACUCUUCGGCGGACAGUCCCGAGAACAGUCAGGCUGUACACGAUCGUUUACUGGCCCAGCUGGCACAAUGUGAGUUUGCGAUGAAGAAGUCCGAUUUCUCUGCCCGGGUGAUGGAACAGGAGCUGAAAAACUAUGCAACUAUUUCGGACACUAUUGAGUCGGGAAUCGAAACGGCCAAGACCCAAAUCACUCAGAGCAAACAUAACUUGGUGCUGGCCAAGAAGAUCCGAAAGAAUCGUAUGGAGUACGAUGUCUUGGCCAAGAUCAUCAGCCAACAACCAGAUCGAAAGAAUACGGUUAAGGAGCUGGAAACUCUAAAGCAGGAAAUGGAUCAACUACAAGAGAAGAAAGCGGUUCUUGAGAGGAAGCUGGAAACAAAGAAGAAAGAUUUUACCGUUCUGAUGCGAUCGAUUGUGGAGCUACAGAACAAACUUGAAUCUAUUGGGGACGAUUGUCCGGAAAGCGCAGAGGAUAGAAUGUCGUGCGAUGAUGAGCCAAUAAUUAUUGUGAGUGACACGGUAAUGAUCGACGACACCGACUUUGCAACGUCAAAAAAGAGUUGAGAAACUAAUUUAUUUGUGUACUUGAAAAACAGACAAAGCUCAAUCGAUCCUGAAUAAAAUAUAAUAUAAAAUACUUUUA